GGCUGCCCACAUUCCUGGGGCACUGCAGCAAGUACAGAGCAGGGAUCCCCUCUCUGGUCCUGAGAGAGGGGCUGGGACACUUCAUUCGAGUCUAAGUCCAUUGCUGCCUUCCACCUCCUCCUGCCCCCAGGCCCCUCUCCAGGCCUGGCUCUAGGAGAGGUGGAUCCAGGAAAGCCAUGGGUUAGACAAGGGUUUCUAAAAAAGAAACGUAGUUGUAGUCAGAACAGAGUGCUAGUUUAGUUGACUCCUUUCUUCUGAGUCAACACUCACUCCACGGCCUCUCUCACUCAGGCAGGGCUGGGACAGUGGGUGCCCCUGGAGCUGGAUGAGGGCUGCAUACCUGGGGACAACACAACCUAAAAUGACUCUUGGAUUGCCUUAUAGCCCCAGGCAGUGAGAAUGAGGAGAAGGAGCCAGCCAAUGUUUACCGAAGGCUUGGGCCAGGCCCUUCUCUCGAGCCAUCUCAUUUACUGCCCCACCCCACCACUCCCUCAGUCUUGGGGAUUCCUUUUAUGGGUGAGCCCUUCUGGGUGCAGAUUCCAUUGCAGUGCCUCCAGUCAACUUUACUGAGUGCCACCAGCACGAGGGGAUUGUACUUGCCGUCAAGAAGUUCCCAGUCUGGAGUAAGAGUCCAGUGGGGAACCCUCACGGCAAGGUCAGGGUGCUGAAGGAGGCACAGGACAGAGGGGACUGCUAACCAGCAGGAUGGUUUUCGAGAUGGGCCUGAGGACCUCAGCUGUGUCUAUAGUUAUCCCAGGAGUAUCAGGUUUGACACCGAUAAACAACAGAAGAACUGCGUCACCUCCAAAGGAAGCUUCUCCUUCUCCGUCCUCAUCGUCUGCUUCGUCUUCCCCACCAUCUUCUUCAGGCAGUGUCCCAGGGAAUACUCUGGAUGGCUCCUCCCCGCCUUACGUCUCAAGAGGUCAUUUCACUCCUACCUCUAUCUUUCUGAGGCGAGCCAGAGCCCAAGGAGCACCAAAGGAAAUCCCUCUGUACCUGCCUCAUGGCCAAGUGCUAGAGCGGGCAGAAUACUGCCUGGUGAGGCCCGGUGGAGAUGGCCUUGCAAGCCCCAGGCCACCCAGCCCUGCAGAGAUGGCUUCUGAUGGAUGUCAGGAAGCAGAGGCCCCUCUUGGGGACACCAGAAGCAUCCACAGAGGCCUGCACCCCAUCGCAGGGAAGGACAAGUGCUUGCCAGAUCAAGAGUUGUCUCUCCGGGCUGGAGAGGACCUAGAAGAAGAGCAUACUGAUCACAGGAGGGGAGAGGAGGGUGGAUCAGAGCUGGCAGAGGGGAAGAAGUUCAACUUAAAGAAGUUGGUCCUCACUCAGGAGCAGAAGACGAGGUUGCUGGAUUGGAAUGACUCCAGUCCUGAGAGUUUGCGCCUGGAAGCUGGGGCAAGACUUUCCCAGGAAAGUGCUGAGAAUGGUAGAGGAGCCCGUGUGCUGAAACCAGUACGGCCUUUGCUGCUCCCUCGGACAGUGAGAGAGACUCUGCCAGCAGCCCAGACAGAGGCUCAGGGGAAGAUGGGAACCCCAGCUGAAAGGACUCCAGGGGAGCAAAGCGUGGCUCCACCCAAGUCUCCACUAAGGCUCAUAGCAAAUGCCAUCCGAAGGUCGCUGGGGCCCCUCCUGCCCAACUCUGAAGGUGGGAGGAAGGCCUGGGCCAAGCCAGAAUCAAAGACUUUGACCACCAGCCAGCCGCACGCUUGCACUCGCUCGUUCAGCCUGCGGAAACCCAGCUCCAAUAAAGACUGGGACCAGCAGUCCCCUGGGAGAGACUCGGCAAACAGGGCCUCAGCCUUCUUCUCCCUGGGCACCCCAAAUGCCAGGGCUGCCCAACCCUCGGACCUUCGCCCUCUGGACCCUGCCCUCCGCGCCCGUAGUUUGCCCAACCGGGGAUCCAAGAUGUUUCCAGCAUUCGUGUCCCCAUCCUGCAACAAGAUGGAAGAUGUCCCCACACUCCUCGAGAAAGUGAGUUUGCAAGAGACCUUCCCAGAUGCUUCUAGGGUUCCAAAGAAAAGAAUCCCACUCUUUUCCUCCCUCAGACUCAAAGACAAAUAUUUUGAGAGUUUCCUCCAAGAAUCCGUACAAAGAAAGGACCUCCAAGACCUCUUUAGCAGCCCCAAGGGGAAGGCGCUACCCCGGGACAUUGCCCAGCCCCCCGAGAGGCCGGGGCCCCCGUUCAGUAGUGCCUGCCUGGGGCAGAGGAUCCAUCCUUCUCCAGAGAGAGAUGCAGGUCCCAAGCACAUCCUGAUCGGGGCGCAGGUGACAGGGGCUACCUCUUCAACCUCUUCCACUACCUCCUCCUCUGCAGAUGAAGAGUUUGAUCCCCAGCCUUCCUUGCGGUCAAAGGAGAGGAAGACGCUUAGAAGAAGACGGAAGCUGGAAAAAGCAACAAAACGAUUGGUUAAACAAGAAGAAUUAAAAAGACUUCAUAAAGCUCAGGCCAUCCAGAGGCAGCUGGAGGAGGUGGAGGAGCGGCAGAGGGCUUCCGAGAUCCAGGGCGUGAGGCUGGAAAAGGCGCUGAGAGGAGAAGCAGCAGAUUCAGGCACACAGGAUGAAGCACAGCUUUUGCAGGAAUGGUUUAAGCUGGUUCUGGAGAAGAAUAAAUUAAUGCGAUAUGAACGAGAGCUACUGAUCAUGGCCCAAGAACUAGAAUUGGAAGAUCACCAAAGCAGACUGGAGCAGAAAUUAAGAGAAAAAAUGCUCAAGGAGGAGAGCCAGAAAGAUGAGAAAGAUCUAAGUGAGGAGAGAGAAAUAUUCACCAAGAUGAUGCAAGUGAUUGAGCAGAGGGACAAACUUGUGGAUUCCUUAGAGGAGCAACGCAUAAAAGAAAAGGCUGAAGACCAGCACUUUGAAAGCUUCGUGUUCUCCAGGGGCUGUCAGCUGAGCAGGACGUGAGCAGGCACAGGGGCCCUCUCCCUUGAAGCAAGUCAAGGAGGGGAUAUGGCCAACACCUCACAUACUCCUAGUUCCUCACACACUCCUAGUUCCUUUUGCAGGAUUUGUCAUACCUGCAACUUAAGUUAUACACUACUGCAAUAUGUUUUUUAAAAUUAAAAUUCUCUCAUAUUUGCUACAGCUGCUCCAGAUCCUUCCAGAGAUUAUAAUGAAGAAAAUAUAAAGAUGCUUUUGAAAUUGGCAGUCAACUUUAGCAGGUCUCUCCAAUCGAAUGUGACCUUGGCAGAUGACUAGCAUUGUUUUCCUUAGAAAGUGACAUAGAGAUUAACUUUCCUGCUGCUUUUACCGUCUAUCUUCCCAAUUCAUUGAGUUACACAUCUUGAGAUUUCAAAAAAGCUGCCUUUUCGUUAAUAUAUCCAUAUUUGCCUUUUUUACAUGGAUGACUGGUUUCCAAAUGUCAGAAGGAAGCAGCAGCAGUUUAAAGAUUAGGUUAAUAUUUAAAUUGUGUUUCCAGAGAAAGAGGAGAAACCUUGAGAUUACUGAUUACAUAAAGCAAAUAACUCAUAUAGCAGGUGUUAAUUCAAUCCAGGGUGAAUUUAAUUUACCAGGUGUAUUUAUAAGCCUUAAUAUAAUAUACAUAAGCAAUGAGAGUUUAAUAGAACAUUGGAGCCUUAAUUUUAUUAAAAAGAGAAAAAAAGGAAAUAAAACUUUAACUUCAUACCACAAGGAUCGUUAGUUUUCACCAAAUACUGUUGAUUUAGAAAAGCUUUUUAUUCUCAGAGCACUGUCCUUAUGGCCCUGAAAAGCGUUUUUAGAAAAUGAGUAAUUUUGAAGUGCUGUUUUAUAAUCAUUGGUAAUGGCAAAAAGGGAAACUCAUCUGUUGAUAAAAUAUGGAUGAGGUCGGUGCUGCUACUAAAAAUGAACACACUAGUGAUCCAAGCAAGGGUUACGUCCCAGUGGUGGCCUUUUUGGGUCCAAACAGAGAAGAGCCUCUGAGACGCUCUGCAGGAGUUGCUCAGGAACCCUACAGGACAAGGACAGAACCACUUCUGACUUCAUGGUGAAGCUGAGGGCAGUGAUCCCAUUUACGAAAUCCCAAAUUGGGUCAUGGAUUUUUUACGACACUUUCAAUGUGCAAAGAAAGCUGGAAGGUGGAGUGUGUACACUGACAUUAGAUUCCUGGGUGUUUUGAUGUUUUCGUAUGGAACCAAAAAGAUUUCAAAUGAUAAUCUGUUGUCAUAAAGUAUUUUAUUGUUUUCCCUCAAUGGGAUUCUUUGAAGAUUCAGGCUGACAUUGACAAGAGGCAGACUGAAGAACCUCUUUGUUGUAUCUUGGGCCUCUCUCAUUUCUGCAAGCAUUUAAAUGUGUUAUUGGACAAAAGGUGCUUUGCAAUCGUUGGAUCUGACCGGAGACCUAACUUUCCUCAAUAUAAAUUGACCCACGAACCACUUCCAUCUGAGAUGCUGUCAGCGUACACCAGCCUGGCCAGCUGACAAACUGGAAAUUAGAAGUGUAACUGGAUUUCCCAAGUCAGCCAGUGUUUUGGGGGGGUAUUAAAACACAACCUUGCAAUGAUAUACCAAGUUCCUAAGGUUGUAGAUUUUUUCCCCUUCUUUUCCUCUUUCUUUUUUCUUUCUUUGUUUUUCUUUUUUUUCUUCCCUCCCUUCCCCCUCCUUCCCUCC